GAGGCUCUAGAACAUGAAGGACCAGGGAAAUAUGACCAUGAUUUUAUGGAUUAUACAAUAGAGAUACUGCUGAAAUACAAAGCACAUGAGUUCAAAGUUUAUUUUAAUCCUCACCAAGAUACCGUAAGCUUCUUCACAAAAACAUCGCUAUGUUUCUUGAUCUCCCAUUCAGCGGUCUCGGUUUUCAGGCGGUUCGGGAGCGCCCUAUUGGAAACUCACUGCAUGCAGUUUUAAUCCAUGCGCAUUCAGCGUCACCCAAGCAGCCAUAAUUCAUUGCGAGUAUCCCACUCCCGCGUCCCGCAACCCCGCAGAAAUGCCUGCCAUGAUAUGGUCAACAAAUUACGGAAAACUUGUCUCGCAAACCAUGUUCGCGCUCUUUUUCGACAGCUCAACGUUCGCGCCAAAAUGCGUCAUUGAUGGAGUCAACAUUCAGGAAUAUGUCCAGACGCAUGUCGCAAAUGCUGUCGCAAAGUUGAUGGAGCGAGUGGCAGCAGCCAGUGACCUUCUUGACGAAGUCGUCAUCGGUUGGAACAGUAUGAACGGGCCAGCAAAAGGGCUCAUUUCAUGGGAUGACCUCAAUGCAUAUCCACAGCAACAGGGUUCCACGUUCAAGAAGGGUACCGUUCGGUUCCCAGUGCAGAGCUUUCGUCUCGGUAUGGGCCAGGUCCAGACACUUGACAACUAGCGGCACCAAGUCUCCUUCCCCUGUUCCCAUUCUGGUAGUGGCCAUUUCCAUUCGAAGGCGUAGCUCCAUCUGCAUGGCCCAUGCUACCGGGAGGAUUCGGUGAACAGUUGUAGCCCCGU